UCACAUAAAUAAAUGUGUUAAAUAGAAUUCUAAUACUUGCAAUCAAGAAAAAAAGCUAAAUUUGGUGCGUUUUAAAAGUUCGCAGUUGAUUUGGUAGCUAACUUGCUUAACCGCUGCAAAAAAUAAGAAAAAAAAAGGGCAGAGAGAUGACAAUCGACGACGAGAGCUCAAUAUAUGUAGGCGGCCUACCAUACGACGCAACCGAAGAUAGCGUUCGCCGAGUCUUCGAUUUGUACGGUGCCGUCGUAGCUGUUAAGAUUAUCAAUGAUUAUGGGACUAGAGGAAAAUGCUAUGGCUUUGUUACUUAUACGAAUCCUAGGUCAGCAAUUGAUGCUAUCAAUGACAUGGAUGGUAGGACUAUUGAUGGGCGGGUUGUUAAAGUAAAUGAAGUAAAGACUAGAGGUGGAAGAUCAAGGUUUGGUAGAGAAAGUUUUCGAUGGAAUAUUGAGAGGGACAGGGGUCGAGAUCAAGAAAGGGAAUAUGAUCAUGAUAGAGAGCGAUAUCGGAAUCAAAGUGACAGGUCAAGAGAGCGUGAUCGGUCUCACAACCGUGAUCAGGAAAAAGAAAGAGAAUAUGAGUAUGCAUAUGAUCAUGAUCAGGCAAGGAGUCAUUUCUUAGAUAAAGGUCGAGAUCAAGACAGAAAUUUGGAAGAUAAUGAGCAAGACCACAGCAGGAACCAUGAUAGGAGAUGGGAAAGAGAACACAAUUUGGAGUUCAACCCUGAUAAAGAUAGGGAAAUGGAUGGAACCAACGGUCAUGAUAAUAUUGUCCCCAUGUAUAGAAAUCAGCAGUCAAGGAAAUGGAAUGGUAAUAAUAUUAUCGACCGACAUAGUGGAGAAUUUUUAUCCAAUUUAAGUGAUGAUUAUGAUGAUGAUGUAAAAGCACAACUAGAGAGAUCCACUCAAAGGUUUGAAGAACUCAAGAAGGAGAUUUCUCUUGUGGAAGCAAGGCUAGAAGAGAAAGGCAGACAUGUUUUAGAUUUACAAAACAAAUCAAAUAAAUUGGAAGAUGCAUUGGUAAAUGCAAAGAAGAAUUCUUCAUAUCAUCGGAUGCAGUUGACCAAGCUGCAUAAAUAUUUCCUGCAAGUAAAAGACUACUCCGAAAAACUUAAAAGCUGUGAAAAAGAACUUCAGUCCCUUGUUGAUUCAGCGAUGGCAGAAAAUAUUGGUGGUGAUGAUGUUGCUAUACGGGGUGGAAUCCUGACAAAUGGCAAUAUAUGAUAUCAUGACCAAAGAUCUUGGAAAUAACAAUUUUUUGCCUGUAUUUUUCUUCUUUUGGUGGGGUGGCGGGUGUUGAUUAGAAUAUGGUAGUCUUUGGUCGAAGGUUUUGCGUUAUGAUGUGGAUCGUCAUAUUUGUUUCUAUAUGUUGAAUACCCAAGUGGACAAUCUGGUUGUUUUAUUUAUAGAUGUAUAUAUACUUUCAUCCAAUUUAUCUCUUUGAAAGCUGCCUCAGUUA